AUGCCCGUGAUUAGCCUCCUCUCGCCUCUCCGCGCGGCCUCCUCUCGCCUCUCCGCGCGGCCUCCUCUCGUCUCUCCGCGCGGCCUCCUCUCGCCUCUCCGCGCGGCCUCCUCUCACCUCUCCGCGCGGCCUCCUCUCGCCUCCCCGCGCCGUCUCCUCUCGCCUCCCCGCGCGGCCUCCUCUCGCCUCUCCGCGCGGCCUCCUCUCGCCUCCUCUCGCCACUCCGCGCGGCCUCCUCUCGCCUCUCCGCGCGGCCUCCUCUCGCCUCUCCGCGCGGCCUCCUCUCGCCUCCCCGCGCGGCCUCCUCUCGCCUCUCCGCGCGGCCUCCUCUCCCCUCCCUUUGCCCUCGCUACCCCCUCCCAUCGCCAUCGCUUCCCCCUCCCGUCGCCCUCGCUUCCCCCUCCCAUCGCCCUCGCUUCCCCCUCCCAUCGCCCUCGCUUCCCCCUCCCAUCGCCCUCGCUUCCCCCUCCCAUCGCCCUCGCUUCCCCCUCCCAUCGCCCUCGCUUCCCCCUCCCGUCGCCCUCGCUUCCCCCUCCCUUUGCCCUCGCUUCCCCCUCCCAUCGCCAUCGCUUCCCCCUCCCAUCGCCCUUGCUUCCCCCUCCCGUCGCCCUUGCUUCCCCCUCCCGUCGCCCUCGCUUCCCCCGCCCAUCGCUAGUCCACUUGCGCCAUCUUGUGGGGCAGCAGCAUCACCAACGCCUCUGCGCCGCUGCUCCCUUUUCCCCCACUCCCACCAUCCUCUUUCCACCCCCGCCUCUCCCCCUUCGCCUGCAGUCGCUCGUUCACUUGCGCCAUCUGUCAGUGUGGGGCAGCAGCAUCACCAACGCCUCUGCGCCGCUGCUCCCCUUCCCCCACUCCCACCAUCCUCUUUCCACCCCCGCCUCUCCCCCUUCCCCUGCAGUCGCUCGUUCACUUGCGCCAUCUGUCAGUGUGGGGCAGCAGCAUCACCAACGCCUCUGCGCCGCUGCUCCCUUUUCCCCCACUCCCACCAUCCUCUUUCCACCCCCGCCUCUCCCCCUUCGCCUGCAGUCGCUCGUUCACUUGCGCCAUCUGUCAGUGUGGGGCAGCAGCAUCACCAACGCCUCUGCGCCGCUGCUCCCUUUCCCCCACUCCCACCAUCCUCUUUCCACCCCCGCCUCUCCCCCUUCCCCUGCAGUCGCUCGUUCACUUGCACCAUCUGUCAGUGUGGGGCAGCAGCAUCACCAACGCCUCUGCGCCGCUGCUCCCUUUUCCCCCACUCCCACCAUCCUCUUUCCACCCCCGCCUCUCCCCCUUCGCCUGCAGUCGCUCGUUCACUUGCGCCAUCUGUCAGUGUGGGGCAGCAGCAUCACCAACGCCUCUGCGCCGCUGCUCCCUUUCCCCCACUCCCACCAUCCUCUUUCCACCCCCGCCUCUCCCCCUUCCCCUGCAGUCGCUCGUUCACUUGCGCCAUCUGUCAGUGUGGGGCAGCAGCAUCACCAGCGCCUCUGCCUCGCUGCUCCUCGCCUUCCCCCGCCUGCUCUCCGCCAACCUCGCCUGGACUGCCCUCUCCCACCUCCCCGCCCACCCCUCCCUCACCGCCCUCCACCUCUCCCACUGCCCCCUGCUUUCCAUUGGCUUCCCUCUCCCCUCCUCCUCAUCCUCUCCCUCCGCCUCCUCUCCUUCCUCCUCUCACUCCUCCUCCUCUUCCUCCUUCCCCCUCACUCAUCUGGUUCUCUCUGGUGCCUCAAUCGCUCCUCCCUCCUCCCUCUUCCCUCCUCACCUCCUCGCCUUCCUCACUCACCUCACCUCGACCCCUCUACUGCUGCUGUCCCUGACGCCCUUCUGUUACACCUCGCCCACUCCCUUCCCCACACGGUACGUUAG